GUCCUUUGAUGCCAGCCUUCACUGCUUCGACGGGCGAUUCGCUUCUGCGUCUGUCUCAGACGAGCUCAAGGCAGUCGCAGCCGAUGGGUCCUCCCAGCACUUCGCUUCCACAGGAGCAGGAUUCGAACUUCCACAGAGGUGUGCAGGACCUUCUCUCCCGAGCACGAGAGGCUUUGGCGGCUGCAAAAUCUUCUCAGGCUGCUCAGGCCGGCAGCUUCCAGACGCCUACGGCUCUCAAGCGCUCGCCGCUGCGUGGGCUGGGUGGCUCGCCCUCCAUUGGCUGGCAGCCGCCGUCACCGGAGCCUGCGGUCGACGUGCAGCGGCCCUCUCCACAGCCGCAUCCCAGCCCGUCACCCAGCGCGGCACAGCCUUCCACGGCUUCGAGAGCACCGGUGCAGGCUACUGGUCACCGGCUCCAGAUGUGGUGUACGCCCGAGGCCUCCACGGUCACGGACAUCACUUUGGCUUCCCCGGAGCUCCAGAGGUGUUCGGAAAGUGUGGGGACUUCGCCAGCGCAGGGGCAGUGGCAGCUGCCCAUGCGUAUUGAGCCGAUUUGUGGCAUUGUGACGCCUUUGCAGCCUGACAAGGAGUAG